AUUAUUUUUUUGCCAGUUUUUGACACUAAAAUGAUUGGUUGCAAAUUCCGAAUUUGUUUUUGCGUUUUAUUUUACCAAAUUGGUUGAUUUUGCAGCUAGUGAUUUCAAGUAAGAGUUGUAAAUUGGUUCUUAUCCAAUGCAUGCUACUUAUGAAGAGCUUUUGUCUCAUCUUUUGAUCAGUCAAUCAACGUCGAAUUUGUUGUUAGUUUAUUAUGAUGAUAUAAUGAUAUAUAUCUAGAGAAAACAAAUACCCAGACAAGAAUGAUGGCAGAAGGAGGUUCAACAUUUACUGUGGAUGAGGCUCUGGCUUCAACAGGAUUUGGGAAGUACCAAUUUCUCGUGCUCGGUUACUCGGGGAUGGGUUGGAUUUCAGAAGCCAUGGAAGUGAUGCUUCUUUCAUUUGUAGGGCCUUCAGUUCAAUCAGAGUGGAAGCUUUCUUCUCAUGAAGAGAGCAUGAUCACUAGUGUUGUCUUUGCAGGGAUGCUUUUGGGAGCUUAUUCUUGGGGUAUAGUUUCAGACAAUUAUGGAAGAAGGAUGGGUUUCCUCUUUACAGCACUAGUUACAAGCAUAGCUGGUUUGCUGAGUUCCUUCUCCCCAAAUUACAUCACUUUGGUCAUUAUUCGUUUUUUGGUUGGUGUUGGGUUGGGAGGUGGACCAGUGCUUGCUUCUUGGUUUCUGGAGUUUGUUCCGGCUCCCAGUAGAGGUACAUGGAUGGUUAUCUUUCAAUGCUUUUGGACUGUAGGCACUAUCUUCGAAGCUUCAAUUGCAUGGGUCAUCAUGCCAAGAUUGGGCUGGAGAUGGUUACUAGCACUUUCUUCAGUGCCAUCAUUUUUGUUGCUCUUAUUCUAUAACUUCGUUCCAGAGUCACCAAGAUAUCUUUGUAUGAGAGGAAAAACAACAGAUGCGAUGAAUAUUUUGGUGAAUAUGGCAGAAAUGAACAAGAAAACACUUCCUUCUGGAAUUCUUGUUUCAGAUAACAAAAUGGAGCUUGAUGAAAAUUCUGUUCCUUCAGAAAACACUCAUCUAAUCACUAUCGGGAAGACUGAUGCAAUUAUUGAUGACGAUAUGGAUUCUAAGAUUGGGGGUAUCAGUGCAUUGUAUAGGCUGUUAUCCCCAAAGUUGAUUACGUCAACUCUUCUUCUUUGGAUAGUUUUCUUUGGGAAUUCGUUUGCUUAUUAUGGCAUUGUUUUGCUCACCUCCAAGUUGAGUGAUAAUGAUAGGAGAUGUGUGUCAGAUGACUUGCUGUCAAUGCAAUCAGAGAAUGAUAAUCUCUAUAGAGAUGUAUUUAUUACUAGUUUUGCUGAGGUUCCAGGGCUUAUUUUAUCAGCCAUAGCAGUGGACCGGGUUGGUCGUAAGCUUUCAAUGUCAUCCAUGCUCUUUGCGAGUUGCAUUUUCAUAUUCCCACUCAUCUUUAUUCAAUCAGAACUUCUGACAACAAUCCUUCUGUUUGGCGCUCGGUUAUUCAUUUCAGGAAGCUUCGUGGUUGUUUAUGUGUAUGCUCCAGAGAUGUACCCGACCUCUGUUAGGACAACUGGAGUUGGUACAGCAAGUUCGGUGGGGAGGAUCGGUGGGAUAAUAUGCCCUCUAGUGGCCGUGGCUCUGGUGCAAAGCUGCCAUCAGAUCAUAGCGCUUGUUCUGUUUGAAUUCAUCAUAUUCAUCUCAGGUGUUGCAGUUACAUUCUUCCCUCUGGAAACCAACGGCCGAUCACUCAAUGAUUCUGUCCGAGAACUCAAAUAAUUACUAAGUUCAAUCAUCAUUCAUAUUUUGUUCCAUGGCAAGGAAAGUAAAAACAAACAGUUAUUCUCUUGUUGUACUUGUAGAAAAUUUAAAAUCAGAUGUAAAAUGCCUGCAAAUUGUUAACUUAUUAUGGACUACUGGUCUGAUAUUGGACCGUUUGGUUAUGUUCUGUUUAUGGUUUGGUAGAAAUGGAAAAGGCUUUGACCCA